AUCAUGAUCUUGAAACAUGCUAUCCUAUCUGAUGUUUUAUAGAUGUUUAAGUAAAUGGUUUAUUGUUACGACGUUGUUUUGCGAAGAAGCUAUCGCGUUCGCGUCUUUUAAAUAAAUGAGGAAAAUAAUCUUUGCAACAAAUUAUUUGAGCACAAAUGUUAAGUAAGUUAAAUAUCGAGCAAGUAAUAAGAAUUAGAAAGUGUUCAAUAUGGUGUCAAUAAUAAACAACGUUGUGCACGGUGGACCUGCGUUCGAUGUUCCUGCCCACUUGUCUUUUGGUCAGUUCGUUUUGGAUCAAUUACGCGAGUAUCAAGAUACCGAUGAAGGCAAUAAUGUGGCUUUGAUCGAUGGCGAAACUGAUCAGAAAAUCACUUACAACCAACUGUUACAAGAAAUCGUGAACUUUGGCACAGGAUUGAAGAAGUUGGGGGUGAAGCGCGGCGAUGUGGUCGCCUUGUGUAGCGAAAACAAGAUGGAGUACAUUUCGGCGGCUCUUGCCGUCGUCUGCUGUGGAGCCACCAUCACGCCACUCAACAUUCACUACACGAAAGAUGAAAUGAUACACGUAUUGAAUAUAUCACGACCGAAUAUAAUGAUCAGUUCAGAAGCGGCGAUGAAACUGAACUAUUCGACGAUUAAGGUGUUGCCUUUCAUCAAGACAAUAAUUCAGCUGGACGGGGCGCCCGCCGCGGCCGGGGUCGUGCCCUACAGCCGGGUGCUGGUGGCCGCGGACGCGCGCGCUUUCCAGGCGGAGGAGGUGCAGGGCUGGACCGACACCGCCUACAUUCUGUACUCCUCGGGAACCACUGGCCUGCCCAAAGGCGUAAUGCUGACGCAUCUAAACAUUUUAUACUCUGCAGCUAAUUUUGUAGAUACUAAAAAUGCAGUAGAGGAUGUAACAUUUUUAACUAUAGUGCCAUGGUACCAUGCGUACGGAUUGAUGUCUACGAUAAAUUAUUUAAUCACAAAAAGACGGCUGGUGUACUUUUCGGGAUUUAACCCUCAUAAAUACUUGAACGCUAUACAAAAAUACAAGAUUAAUAUCCUAUUGGCGGUUCCACCUAUAGUGGUGUUUCUUGCGAAGUCCCCACUAGUGAGCAAGUACGACUUGUCGUCGGUGUGGAUAGUGUUGUGCGGCGCCGCGCCGCUCAGUGUUGAGACCAUCAACGACGCCAAGAAGCAAUUGCCAAGUUGUCUUGGAAUAUUCCAAGGUUACGGCAUGACAGAGACAUCUUUGCUAGCGACGUCAGAUCUUGAUAUAGAAAAAAGUAAACCUGGAAGUGGGGGUUAUCCUGUUCGGGGCGUGAAAGCAAAGGUGGUAGAUUUAGAGACAGGCAAAACUCUGGGCGCUAGGCAGAACGGUGAGAUUUGCCUGAAGGGUCCGCUCGUGAUGAAGGGCUACGCGGGCAACGAGGCGGCCACGCGCGAGAUGAUGGACGGCGACGGCUACCUCAGGACCGGCGACAUCGGCUACUACGACGAGGACGGCUGCUUCUUCGUCGUCGACCGCUUGAAGGAGCUCAUCAAGUACAAGGGCCAUCAGGUGCCCCCGGCGGAGGUGGAGAGCGUCCUGCUGGAGCACGCGGCGGUGGCGGAGAGCGCCGUGGUGGGCGCGGCCGACGAGCAGGCCGGCGAGCUGCCCACCGCCUUCGUGGUCCUCAAGCCGAACGCCCGCGCCACUGAGAAGGACAUCAUUGAUUUUGCUGCAACGAGGCUAUCGCAAGCGAAGCGUCUCCACGGAGGAGUGAUAUUUGUGGAAGCUAUCCCCAAAAAUCCAUCUGGAAAGAUACUACGGCGAGUGCUCAGACAAAAGUUACAAGAAAAGAAAAAGAGUAAAUUAUGAUUUAUGAAAUGUUAUGUAGGUGUUUGUUUAUUGUAUUUAAUUAAUUUAAGUGAUUUAUUAUGACUGGUUUUUGGUUUAAGAUACAUUAAAUCAUGUUUUUUUUAUAA